AUGUUCCAGCUGCCCAUCCUCAAUUUCAGCCCCCAGCAAGUGGCCGGGGUCUGCGAGACCCUGGAGGAGAGCGGGGACAUUGAGCGCCUGGGUCGCUUCCUCUGGUCCCUGCCGGUAGCCCCUGCGGCAUGCGAGGCCCUGAACAAGAACGAGUCGGUGCUGAGAGCCCGGGCCAUCGUGGCCUUCCACACGGGGAACUACCGGGAGCUCUACCACAUCCUGGAGAACCACAAGUUCACCAAGGAGUCGCACGCCAAGCUGCAGGCCCUCUGGCUGGAGGCGCAUUACCAGGAAGCCGAGAAGCUGCGGGGCCGACCCCUGGGGCCCGUGGACAAGUACCGGGUGCGGAAGAAGUUCCCGUUGCCCCGCACCAUCUGGGACGGGGAGCAGAAGACGCAUUGCUUCAAGGAGAGGACGAGGCACUUGCUACGGGAGUGGUACCUGCAGGACCCUUACCCCAACCCCAGCAAAAAGCGAGAACUGGCCCAGGCUACCGGACUUACCCCUACACAAGUGGGCAACUGGUUCAAAAACCGCAGACAAAGAGACAGGGCAGCAGCCGCUAAGAACAGGCUACAGCAGCAGGUCUUAUCCCAAGGCUCGGUGCGCUCGCUGCAGGCCGAGGAGGAGAGCGCAGGGGAGCCGCUGGGGGCCGCCUCCAGUCCCGCAGCCAGCCUGUCCAGCAAAGCGGCCACCUCUGCCAUUUCCAUCACAUCCAGCGACAGUGAAUGUGACAUCUGA